AUGAGUCUUACUUUCAACCGGCCCGGCAACUUCACGUGCAACUCGUGCCAGAUUCGCCUGCCCACGGCAGACGUCCAGAGAAUCCAUAUGAAGACCGAAUGGCACAGAUAUAACCUCUUGAGACGCGUGGCUGGACUCGGUCCGAUCGAUUCUGUUGUCUUCCAGUCUAAGGUAGCUCUCCAGCAGCGCCAGGAGGCGAUCAACAGCGACCAGGACGAAUUUGGAUUCCAUGUUCAUCGAAAACACCGCACUGGGCGUCGCCAGCCCACGAAAAAGGACCUGAAGAGACGGACUCGAAAAGACAUACUGGCAAAUAGCAGCGUCGAUCGACGCGCGCAAUCGCCGGCCGCAUCAGUGGUCUCGAGAGCAAGUGAGUUCUCUCUCGGAUCGAUCCACAGCGAGGCACAGUCCGAAUGCACGAUCGAUGAUCUCAUCUCCGAGCCGACAGUGAGCGAUUAUGACUAUACGAGCACGGCUUCAGACUCGGAGACUAGCGCUUCUGAGGACGACUACACGGAAGAGGAGCAAGAGGAAGAGCCUGUUAUUUUGACCAAUUGUUUCUACUGUAGCGUCCAGAGCAUUGAUGAAGAGGCUAACGUGGCUCACAUGUCCACUGCUCAUGGUUUAUUUAUUCCUGAACAGGAUCAUCUUGUUGAUCUAAGUGGUCUUCUGCAAUAUCUUGGAGAUAAAGCAAUAAUCGAUAAAGAGUGUUUGAAGUGCGGAUUUGUGGGAAAAAACCUGGUCAGCAUACGACAGCAUCUCCAGAGCAAGGGCCAUUGUGUCAUCCCUUACGAAACGCGCGCAGAGAGACAAGUGAUAGCGAGAUUUUACGACUUUGAUGAAAGUGAGUACACGACAGUGAAAGUCCUGCCAAAUGGAAUAGAAUUGCCCGAUGGACGCAUAUUGGGGAGCCGUUCGUUUGCCCGCUACUACAGACAAAACUUUCCUCGGCGUGACCGAGAAGUUGGCGACGGAGAACGAACCAUGUCUUUGGUGGUUAAAGAUCGGGAGUUCCAUGCUCCUGGCUACCAUCGUCCAGUGGAAACAACUUAG